CUUCAGCCCAACCACCCAACGAUCAUCACAAUGUCCCUCCUCCGCUUACCUGCUCGCCGAUUCACAGGCUUGCCUCGUCCAACCCUUGUAUAUGCACAGCAAAUCCGACUUGUUUCCUCGGAGAAACUGCAAAAGCUCUCGGGCGAACCGCUAGCAGACAAGGAGCACGAAAACCUUGUCAUUCCCUCACCAAAGGGACAGCGCGAUGUGUUUGAAGCCGACGCCUGCAGCGGUGUCCCUCCGGAAAUCUCAAGACGUUCUGUGAAGAUUUUUAAACCAGCGCGCAAUGCCAUGCAACAAGGAACUGCAAACAGUGAGAAUUGGAGAAUUGAUUUCGACGUACAGGAGCGGUGGGAAAACCCACUAAUGGGUUGGGCUAGUAGCCACGAUGCGGUUCAAGGUGUACGAAUGAACUUUGCAUCCAAGGAGGAUGCCAUAUUGUUUGCUGAGCGCCAGGGUUACGAGUAUUGGGUGGAGGAACCAAAGCCAGAAAAAUUCCGGGUGAAGACUUACGCAGACAAUUUCAAGUAUGUUCCCGGCAAGCUUCGCAUGAUCAAAACCAAGUGAGAUAACAACAGUAGUCUCCCCGGAGAGGUCUGUGUGUCGCGAUGCCCGCCGCAUGGAACCGCAUGGAGACUAGCCUGUUGAUAUACCAUAACCAGAACUGAUCUUAGAGAAACCCCAUUGAUAUUUUAAUACACAGCGGCUAGUCCAAAGAACCUCCCUGACGAUUGCUGCAUUGAGCAGAAUUGACGAGCAAUCACCGUAAAUGUACAGACCCAUGAG